AUGGGUUUCUUUUCGAAGGGAAAUCACUUCCCCGUGGACAGCAGGACCGUGGUGGUUACGGGUGGGUCGCAGGGAAUGGGUAGAGGGCUGGCAAAGGUUCUGGCAAAGAAGGGCGCGAAUGUAGUGAUUGUGGCGCGCGAUGUCAGGAAGCUACAAGCGGCAGUUGAGUACAUAUCUGCCGCGGCUGCAAGUCCACAAACACAGCGCUUCCACUAUAUCAGCGCUGAUCUCACCAAUCCCUCCGAAAGCGUUCGCAUGCUCGAGGAGGUAACGGCCUGGAAUAAUGGCCAACUCCCUGAUGUCGUAUGGGCGAACGCCGGAACUGCUCGCCCCGGCCUCUUCGUAGAUAUACCGAUCGAGACACUCCGCGCCCAGAUGGACGCCAACUAUUGGACUGCAACCUACCUGGCGCACGCGACCUUGAACUGCUGGCUGAAGCCCGCAUCUGCCUUUCCAGCGGCCGAGAGACCUACCACAGCACUGCCACGGCACUUCAUCAUCACGUCGUCCUCGCUCGCCUUCUGCGGUAUCGCAGGCUACAGCGCUUACAGCCCAGCGAAAGCGGCGUUGCGCUCGCUAUCUGACUCGUUGCGUUCAGAACUCAAUCUCUAUGCCGGUGCUCGGCGCGCCAAAUCUGGCUCUGCUGCGACUGCACCGCCCGCAGACAUUAAGAUCCACUCCGUUUUUCCGGGCACCAUACUCUCGCCUGGCCAUGCAGCUGAGGAACAGACGAAACACCCUGUGACAAGGGUACUGGAGGAAGGUGAUCCUGCGCAGACGGAAGACGAGGUCGCCACGGUGGCUGUCAGGGAGCUCGAAAAGGGCAGAUAUCUGAUCUCUACCCAGUUCUUGGGUAGCGCGAUGAGGGCAAGCGCGCUGCAGGGUAGUCCGAGGAACAACUGGUUCGUAGAUACUGUGUUCAGCUGGGGGACCAGUAUUGCUUGGCUGUUCAUAGGCCCAGACAUGGAGGGCAAGGUGUAUAAAUGGGGAAAGGAGAAUGGGAUGCCCAACGCUCAAUGA